UAAAUGAGUAAUCAAGGGAGAUGUCAAUUUAAAAUAUAGUCAAUAAAAAGUUAGCAAGGUUCUUUUAAAUCGUGAGAAGUGUCUGAUAUAAUUUUAUUGCCAUUUUGUAAUUCAAAACAGGUUAUUUGACGCAAAACUUCGAUAUAUUUAAUCGAUUGGAUAAAGAAAAAUAACAAAAAAUGGCUGAAGCUGCUGUUGAGGACAGACCUUUAAGAUUUUUUUGCCAUGUUUGUGACGUAGAAGUGCAGUCAGUCAGUUCAGAAUAUACCUGUCCCCUGUGUUCAGGUGGAUUUAUAGAAGAACUGCCUGCAGCUGCUGCAACCACUUCAGCAGAAAAUUCUUCAUCAAAUGAUAUAGAAAUGGAUGAUUUGGAUUUUUUGGCCACAUUAUCAUCAUUUCUGGCUCGAGAUGGCGGUCGUCCUCCAGAUGCAGUGAAUACGGACGAUAGUACAACAAAUUUUUUUAGUAAUUCUGGAAAUACUUCGACAGCAAACGGUUCUAAUAAUGAAGUUGGAAAUAGUAUAGUUGGUAACUCUAAUUCUUUUGGUUCAGGAUCAUGGACUCGACAUGGCAGAGGUAAUAUUAACAAUGAUUAUACAACUGGAACUGGACGAAGACCGAGACGGGGAAGACUACCGAAUUUUGAGAGGUUUGAUAACGUUCUAUUAGAAAUAUUACAUACAUUGUCUGGAGGAAGUGAUGGGUCUCUUGGUAAUGCAUCAAUGUUUUUUAUGGGUAAUCCUGGAGAUUAUGCUUGGGGAAGGGAAGGAAUCGAUACAAUAGUAACGCAAUUGUUGAACCAAAUGGAUACAACGGGUCCUCCUCCGCUACCAAAAGAGAAAAUAGAUGAAAUACCAAAGGUUGAAGUAACAAAAGAACAAGUAAACAUAAAACUGCAAUGUUCUGUAUGUUGGGAAGAUUUUAAAUUAGAAGAAAUUGUUCGAAAAUUACCUUGUCUUCACUUGUAUCACGAGAAUUGUAUUGUACCUUGGUUGGAGUUACAUGGAACAUGUCCUAUAUGCCGUAAAAGUUUAACUCAUGAAACAAAGGAUAUGGGUUCUAAUGCAAGAGGCGCUUCUUCUGAAAAUUCAAAUUUGUUGGGUGGUAGAGAAUCUGCAGAAGGUAAUAGUGCAGAUUCUAAUAGCAACGCGGUGGAAUUAUCGUUAAUAUCAAAUGCAACUGGCAAUAACAGAAACAAUGCAGGUAGUAUAAAUAGUAGUGGAUCUAGGAGAUUACAUAUUUCGUUGCCGAGGUUUACAUUAUUCGGUCAAUCAGACGCCAAUCGAUCAGCUCCAAACUCAUUUAAUUAUGAUUUGUCCGUCAAUAAUACGCAAACCAACAAUAGUAACCCAAACGGAAGUAUUACGCGGCCAGAAACUAUUACAAACGAAAUGCAAUCAAGGAGGACAUCGACUCCUUCAACGUCUUCAUUUGGUAUAGAACAAGAUAAUUACAAUAAAGUUUCCGGUUCAUCUUCAAGUACUAGUAAUAAAGGUCAGAAUGAUAGCAGUAAUACUAAUAACAGUGGAAGUGUUAAUAAUUUACUCAAAAGUAAAGAGACAUCCAUUAAUUUGAAUGCUGAAGGAAAUUGCAAUUCUAAUCAUACAGCAACAACAUCUACAAGUAUAACGCCAGCUACAUCAACUUCAAAUUCUGCACCACAAAAUGAUAUUUAUAAAUUUGAUGAUGGUCAAGUAGAUUAUGAAUUUGAUUAAACGGAAUUAUGUAUGCAUAAAUUAAAAUUCAAAAUCAACAUAAAAUAUCUUAAAUUGAAAUUUGAAAUUAAUAUAUAUUUAAAUGCAUACAUGAAAAUGUAAAUACACGUAUAUAUAUUUUCAAAAUAAAAUGUAGUGAAACAGUGACCGAAUAUUUAUGAAUGUAUUUAUAUAUUUAUAUCUCUAUUUAUAAAAUAUUUAUGUAUGUGCAUUAGGUUUAUGCACAUAUAAUUAUGUCUAUAUUUAAAUAUUAAUUUACAUAAUUAUAUCAACAUGGUUAUAUAUAUAAUAUAUCAUAUUGACAUAUUUCUUAUGGAUACAUGUCAUAUACAAAAUAUAUUAUAUUAUAUUAUAUAUUACAUACAAAAAUAUAUGUCAUUAUAGAGAUAUAAUAAUAUAAAUAUGCAAUUUGGAAAAAAUUCUUUGCAAAGGAAUUUUAAAAGCUCAAAGUAUUUUAAAACGAUGAGGUUCACCAAUAGGUAUAUGAAAUCAUUUCUUUUUCCUUUUUCAUAAUCGAGAAAAGUUAAAAGAAAGUGGGGCUUGUUUAAAUUUCUGACAAAGAAUUGAUUUUCCAAAAAUGUAUUUUCAAAUUUAAAAAAAAACUAGAAAAUUUGUUUUUUGGGAACGGACAAUUUUGCCACUUAUAAAAUUGUAAAAAGAGUAUGUAUGUAACUAUUUAUUAAAUUUUAUAUUAGUACACGAAUUAUGGUCUUAAAAAAUAAAACUCGAAAAAUGCAUGUUACAAAAACGACAAAAAUUCAAGUUUAGAAAUAAUUAGGAUUAUUUUUUGGAAUGUCCAAUUCGUAAAAUAAUAUUUUUCAAUUAUUAUGCGAUUUUACAUAUUUUGAGAACAAAUUCGUUUUUCAUUAGGACAAAACUACUUUAGUCUAGGCAUGUUCGAAGUUUAUUUUUAUCUAAAUUUUUGUAAUUAACACGGUAUUUUGCAUUCGAUUUUUAUAAAUCUUGAAAGAAAUCAUUUGGAGAAAUUUUCAGAAAAAUUUUACCAAUCCCAAAUUAAGAAUGGUUACGUGAUCCACCAUGGCAAAUAAAAAUUUUCUCUUCGUCUUCAAAAAAUUGAAUGAUUAUGCUUUUUUUAAGAUAACAAUAAUUGUUUACAAAACAUAACUACUUACAUGUAUUAUUCAUACAUUAUAAAUUUGCAAUUUUAAAUUUUUUAAAACCAAAAUUUUGAUACAUAUGUAUUCCUUUUUAGAAUACAAAUUCUCAAGCCUACGUGAAUUAUGUUUUAUAACAGAAGUUAACAUUACAAUAAAACAUAAUAUGUAUUUUUCAUUGAACAUGUUUCUAAAUUGCUAAAGUAAAACUUGUUAUUUUAAAAUAAAAUUUUGACAGGCUUUGACUAAGUUCAAAUAUUGUGAAUUUAAAGUUUUAAAUCUAUGUAAGCAAAUUUUUCAAUAAUUCAUUCAGAGUAAUUUUCAACUAAAAAUUGUGAUGAAAAGUAAUUGUACAUUUUGGAAGUGCACGUGCUUUCAAAUUUAGUAAUUCUUACGAAAUCUAUUUGAAUAACACAUUUUUCAAUAGGCUAGACAAAUUACCUAUAAACUAUUCAAUUAGUACAUGGUUUCCAUAAGCAUGUACUUAUGUACAUAUGUAAUUGUGUUAGGUGCAAGAAAUUUUAAUAUAAAUUUUUAAAUGAGAAAUUUCUGUUUACUAUUGUAAUUUAAUAUGAUUCUAUAUUUUAUGUAUUUUUUAAAUUUGAAUUUAUAUUUUAUGUAUUUUUUAAAUUUCGGUAGUCCUAAAAGAAAUUAGUGAUUUUUUCAUGCAUUUUGAAAACUUAAUUUUUAAUACAAAAACUGAACAUUGAUCAAUUAUAAUGUUCUUUUUUGCGCAAUCUCUUGCCAUCUUCCUGGUAAGCUCGUGAGUCUAAAUUCGUAAGACUUCUUGUUUUUAUUAGAAAAAAAGUGAACCAAGUGCGAAUUUAUAAUUAUAAUUAUUAUCGAAAGUUUUACCAUUCAAAUCGACAUAAAUGGCAAUCAGAUGGGAUAAGAUCAGGAAUAUAUGGUGGAUGUGACAUGGCUUCCCAAUCAAGCUCUAAUAAUUUUUGACGAGGGAUUAAAGAUGUGUGUGGUCUAGGGUUCUCAUGAUAAAAAAUAACACCUCGUUUAGUUGCGUUUGAGGAGUUUAAAACAUACAACACUCCCCCAAUGCCAACAAAGUGGCAGUAAAAUCUGCAUUUAUCAACCUUUGAAUUGUUUGUCGUGGCGUGUCGUGUUUGUACCUUGAUAGUUUUCGAUUCACGUUAUUGUAAACAAUCCAUUUUUUACUACCAGUGACGACUCGCUUAAAAAAUGGAUCGAAUUCAACGUGUUUCCAAUGCAAAUCAACAGCACUUAUAUGCUUGCCUAAAUGAAUUUCUUUCAUUCAUGUGGUACCCCAAUAUAAAGUUUUUUUACAAGAUCAAGACAUGUUAUAUGAUUAUCAAUGGUUGACUUCGGUAUAUUUAACUUCGCUCCAAUCUCACGCACAGUCAUGAUAUCGUCGAAUUUUAAUAGCUUGUGCUCCGUUUUUUUCAUUUACGGAAAUAAAAAAGCAAAAUAUGUCGAAAAUGCUCCCUUUUGAUUCAAUAUUAAAACUGAUGCCAAACCAACAAUCAUCGUUAACAAAUCGAUGCGAAAAUA